GGCUCCUUCUACCAUAUGCAUGUCUCCGUUGCCAUUUCGCGAGCCCAAAUCAGCAACGACAUCGCAAAUUCCCCAGGAAUUUCUGUGAAUUUUACGAGCCCUAAUCCUAUCGUCUUAUCAUGCCCAGACGCCGGCGAUCGUGACCAGCUGGGCGAGCUGUGAAUCAUCGGGCCAGCCGCGCCGGCCGUGCUCGCCAUGGACUGCUUCUCCCGCGUGUACGGGCUGGCCAUCGCCAACACAGUGUGUGUCGGCGGCACGGCCUUACUCGUCUUCGCGCUCGUCAAGCUCGCGCAGACGCCGCACAGCGCGGGCGGCAUCGCCUGGGUCUCCGUCUUCCUCGUCCUCUGGCUCGGCGUCAACGCGAGAAUCUACCCGGCCUUCUGCGUCGCGCUCUUCCCGUGGUCCGCGCUGGGGCGGUGCCUGGAGCCGCCGCUCAGCGCUGCCAUCUGGCAGCUCCGCUUGCCAUCGCGGUGCGCACGGCGGCGUCACCGGAGGAGCGACGACGACGCCUUGCCGCAGCUCGCGGCGCAGGGCCAUCGUGCUUAUACCAUCAGCGUGCUCCCCCGGGAGCUGCCCGUGCGCGGCGGAGCGCUGGUGGGAGCCGCCGCCGCCACCAUCCCGGCGUACGAGCACCCGGACGACGACGCGCCGGACUGCACGGUUUGCCUUGGCAAAGUGGACAAGGGGGAGAUGGUGAAGCGGCUGCCGGCGUGCCUGCACAUGUUCCACCAGGAAUGCAUCGACCUGUGGUUGCGCGACCACUGGACAUGCCCCGUCUGCCGGUGCAACGUCUUCGCACUGCUACCGGACCAAGUAGUAUGACGUUCUUCAUCUUGUCAAUUCUUUUAGCGGUCUGGACUCUAGAGCCAUAAAUUGGCAUUGUAUGUACUAUAGUCUAUAUGGUGAUUUGUGAAAUGUACAGAUGAUUAUUGUUUC